AUGAGUGAGACAGAGUCAGCAGCAAUCUCCCACAUUUAUCCUCACCAAAAUCCACCUAUUUUCCUAACGCAGAUAUCAAUCGGCGAACCGGCGGUUCCACUAUUACUUAUUGUAGACACGGGAAGUAGUUUCACAUGGAUCAAAUGUGGAGCAUGCAACACAUGUCAUUCUCAACUUCCGGGAUAUGAUCCAAUGGUUUCAUUAACGUACAAGAGCGUGAGCUGUGAUAAUUCUUCUUAUAGCUCCUCUCCUGCGUUGUUCCCCGUUAAGAAAACCGGAGAAUGUCAUUAUCGUCAGGUGUACUUCCACGGCUCAGAAAGCAGAGGUACCUUAGCCAAGGAAACGAUACAGUUUGAGACUGAUGACGACGGGUUUGUUUCAAUUCAAAAUGUAGAUUUUGGAUGUGCGCAAGACAUCAUCAAUGGAUCCGACGUCGGAAGUGGUGUACUUGGGUUAGCAUACGAAAAUUUAUCAAUUCUUAAACAUUUUGAAAACAAAUUUUCUUUAUGUUUUGAGACAUUAAGCAAUGAUCCGAAUUCCGGUCAUAGCUUUCUAGCACUAGGAGAUGGAGCAAGGACGACAGGACAAUCCACAGUUUUAUUUAUGAAGUAUGGUCAUUACCAUGUUGACCUCGAGACAAUCAGUGUCAAUGGAAGAGAUAUUCCAAAUUAUUUGACACACAUCAAAGGAAAUACAAUCAUCGACACGGGGACUACUCUACUCAAUCUGGCUGGAAAAUCGUACAAUGAGCUCAAGAGUCAUAUAGACAGCUUUCUUGACGGGCACCUAAACAGCUUCAUUGAUGGUAAUUUAGUAUGUUACAAUGGGACAAUUCAACGUCAGCUUCAACGAUUGCCUAGAAUUACAUUGACCUUCUACAAGGGGGCUUCUUUAGAGUUAGACCCGACCAGCCUUUUUCACCAGUUUAGUGAUAAAUACUUCUGUUUAGCUGUGAUGAUGACCCCAGAAGAAAUUGAUCUAAACAUCAUCGGGAUAACGGCGCUUCAAAAUUAUAAUGUCGGUUUCGAUCUGGAAGACGAAACUAUAUUUUUUGACAAAAUCUCAUGCGACUAUCUGAAUUAA